UACCAUAGAUAUUAAACAUAGUUUAAUAUCUAUGCUAUCUACCCAUAAAUUUAGUGUAUUAUGAUAUAAGUAUUUUAUUGUGUUCUUGUAUAGUUGUUUAAUCUCUAGUGCUAUUUAGAAACUGCUAUACGCUAGAAUUGUACUAUAUUGGUCUACUUUUGGAAUUCCGUGUAUUUUCGGAUGCAAACAAUCUAAAAUUACUGUAAAUACAUAAAUCGAAAUGAACUUGCUACCAAAAACUAUUAGCUGUAGUACUACGUUGGCUUCAAGAAAUUUAGCUCUUUAUUGUGCUAGUUCUUCUUGUAUUGAUCGUACAAAAUGUCGCAAAUUUCAUUUUUCAUCACCUUCACGUACACCCGGGGAUAUUAUUUGCCCUUCUUUGGUCCAAGGAAUUGAUUAUAUACGGGAUCCUCGGUUAAAUAAAGGUCUUGCAUUCACUCUAGAAGAACGACAAGCACUUGGUAUUCAUGGUUUGAUGCCACCCAAAUUUAAAACUCAAGAAGAACAAUUGGAAGUAUGCCGAUUCAGUGUCAUGAAGUAUCAAGAAGAUUUGAAUAAGUUUUUAUACUUGACUGAAUUACAAGAUCGAAAUGAAAGACUAUAUUUUAGACUUUUAAAUGAAAACAUUCAUAUGUUACUACCAAUUGUUUAUACGCCAACUGUAGGAUUAGCAUGUCAAAAGUUUGGAUUGAUUUUUCGCCGUCCAAGAGGAUUAUUUAUCACUAUUAAUGACAAAGGAUAUAUUUAUGACUUACUAAAAAAUUGGCCAGAACCAAAUGUUCGUGCAAUAGUAGUAACUGACGGAGAGCGUAUUCUUGGCCUUGGGGAUCUUGGAGCAUGUGGUAUGGGCAUACCAGUUGGUAAAUUAUCAUUAUAUACUGCUUUAGCCGGUAUCAAACCUCAUCAAUGUUUACCUAUAACACUGGACGUGGGAACCAAUAAUGAACAACUUUUGGAAGAUCCCUUAUAUAUUGGUCUCAGACAAAAGCGUAUUUCUGGACCUUUGUAUGAUGAAUUCAUUAAUGAAUUCAUGGAAGCUUUAGUUAAACGAUAUGGACAAAAUGUAUUGAUUCAGUUUGAAGAUUUUGGAAACCACAAUGCCUUUAGGUUCUUAGCUAUGUUCCGUGACAAAUAUUGUACAUUCAAUGAUGAUAUUCAAGGAACAGCAUCUGUAGCUGUUGGAGGUCUUCUGACAGCACGUCGUUUGACUAAAAAACGUAUUUCGGAUUCUACAUUUUUAUUCUUAGGAGCAGGAGAAGCUGCUAUUGGUAUUGCAAAUUUAACAGUACGAGCUAUGCUAACUGAAGGCUGUUCUUUAGAAGAAGCUCGUAGUAAAAUAUGGAUGAUGGAUAUUGAUGGUCUAUUAGUUAAAGAUCGACCUGAAGGAAAUUUACAAGGCGACAAAGCAUUUUAUGCUAAAGAUCAUAAAGUAAUGAAAAGCCUUCUUGAAGUUGUUAAGGAAAUACAACCUACUAUAUUAAUUGGUGCUGCUGCAGCAGCGGGAGCUUUCAACAAAGAUGUACUGGAACAUGUAGCUUCUUAUUGUGAAAAACCAAUUAUUUUUGCUCUUAGUAAUCCAACAAUUAAGGCUGAAUGUACAGCUGAACAAGCAUACACUUACACUCAAGGUCGCUGUAUUUUUGCUAGUGGUUCACCAUUUCCAGAUGUCACUAUUAAUGGACGUACUAUUACUCCUGGACAAGGAAAUAAUGCUUAUAUAUUCCCUGGAGUUGCUCUAGGAGUUAUCAGUACUGGAAUACAUCAUAUUACUGAAGAUUUGUUUUUAAUUGCUUCUCAGGAACUGGCUAACUUUGUUACUGAAGAAGAUUUGGAAAGGGGUAGUAUUUAUCCUCCACUUAAUCUGAUUAAAGAUUGUUCCUUACAAAUUGCAAUCAAAAUAGCAGAAUAUGCUUAUGAAAAAGGAAUUGCAUCUCACUAUCCAGAACCUAAAGACAAAAAGAAGUUUAUUGAAUCGCAGAUGUAUGACUUCAACUAUGACAAUCCACUUCCACCAAAAUACAGUUGGCCAGAAGAAAAAGAACCUAUUAAAUCCAAAUCUAUUCAUGACCUUACUGGAGAUCACUUAAAAAAGCAUUAGAAUUUUUAUUUUUAAAUAAUGAAAUAGUUUCAAGUUAUUAUAAUUCAGUAUUUUUAUUUAUUGACUUAAACAGUAUUUAUAAUGUCUAGUCUACAUUAUCAUUGUGUUAACUAUUUACUUAAAGCUUUUAAUCAGAUAUGAUAGUUAGAAAAGUAUGCUACUUGUUACCACUCCUUUUUAAUAUUUUUGAACU